AGCACAGAAAGGGGACUUCAGCUGGUUCUCGGCCGGAGAAGGCUCGAUCCUUUGGCGAGGGCAGACCCUGGGCUGUUCUAGGGGGCUCACAAGUCAUCCUUUGUACGUUUUCCGCAGAUAAGGGCGGGGCCUCGCCUGCUCCCGCCCCGGAAGCGGAAGUGCAGGCGUCAGGGGGUUCUGUCCACUGUGAGCCCGGCCCGUGUGGCAGCGGUUCCUCUCGGUAAUUCUAUCGCACCCUCUUGGCUGCUAGCUGUCGCAUUCUUCAUCUCACUAUGUUGUCACUAGACUUUCUAGAUGAUGUGCGGCGGAUGAACAAGAGGCAGCUGUACUACCAAGUUCUAAAUUUUGGAAUGAUUGUCUCCUCGGCACUAAUGAUCUGGAAGGGGCUGAUGGUGAUAACCGGAAGUGAGAGUCCAAUUGUAGUGGUGCUCAGGCAAGAUGGGCAUAUCAAAUUUUUAACCAAAGGAGAUAAUAAUGCCGUUGACGACCGAGGCCUCUAUAAACAAGGGCAACACUGGCUGGAGAAGAAAGAUGUUGUAGGCAGAGCAAGAGGGUUUGUUCCUUAUAUUGGAAUUGUGACAAUCCUCAUGAAUGACUAUCCUAAAUUUAAGUAUGCAGUACUGUUUCUGCUGGGUUUAUUUGUGCUGGUCCAUCGUGAGUAAGAAGUCGACCUCACUGUCCCUUGGAAGAUGCUGUGCUUGUUGUUACUGAGUGUUGGAGUAGAUCCUGGUCUGUGAUUGGCGGAUAUUCAGAGGACACACGUUGGCACUUCUUGGUAGCACUGGUUUGCAUUACUUUGUGUUUCCACACCCAAGGAUGUGUGGGCGGGUGCAUGUGCACCAUGGAGUGCACACAAGGGGACUGUCAAUCACAAGGUUUCAUAUGUUGUCAUUGUCACUCUUUCACAUUUUUGUACAUCAGUGAAUUUUUUAUAUUAAAAGGUUGAGCCAAAGCCCCCAGUGUUUGUAUUUUGAAGCCAAGCUUCACUUUUAAAGUGCCUACAGAGUUCUGUAAAUGAAAACACAGCUCUGCAUGAGUUCAAACCUGCCGUUCCUCCUUACAGUGGGAAUGGCACAUAUUGAGGUGGUCAUAAGUCUUAACUUUUCAAAAUUUUAAAUAAAAGACUUUGCACAUUGAA